GUUCCUCCCCCCCCCCGCCUCAGCGCGGCCGCGCAGGCGCAGCGGGGCCCGGGGGUUGCAGCAGCUCCAGCGCGGCGGCGGCGGUUCGGGUUCGGGGCUCGCGGGCUCGGGGAGAGGCGAUGGCCGACGACCUGGACUUCGAGACGGGGGACGCGGGCGCCUCGGCCACGUUCCCCAUGCAGUGCUCGGCGCUGCGCAAGAACGGCUUCGUGGUGCUCAAGGGCCGCCCCUGCAAGAUCGUGGAGAUGAGCACCUCCAAAACCGGCAAACACGGCCACGCCAAGGUGCACCUGGUGGGCAUCGACAUCUUCACGGGCAAGAAGUACGAGGACAUCUGUCCGUCCACCCACAACAUGGACGUGCCCAACAUCAAACGCAAUGACUUCCAGCUCAUUGGGAUCCAGGACGGGUACCUGUCGCUGCUCCAGGACAGUGGGGAGGUGCGGGAGGACCUGCGGCUGCCAGAGGGGGAGCUGGGCCGGGAGAUCGAGCAGAAAUACGACUGCGGGGAGGAGAUCCUGAUCACGGUGCUGUCGGCGAUGACCGAGGAAGCCGCUGUCGCGAUCAAAGCCAUGGCCAAAUAGGGCAGGCCGGCGCUCCGGGGUCGGGCCGUGCCCCUCCCCCAACCGCAGCCGCGGGGGGGGGAGGGGAGGUGGGGGAGGGGCGAGGUGGGGGAGGGGCGACCUGGAGGGGGGAGGGGCUCGAGCUCCGGGGGGGCCGCCCCUUCCCCCCCCCCCCAAAUCCUCUCCCUCCCCCCAAACUCCGCGGUGGGGGAGGGGCCCUCGGUAAAAGGGGGGGGAGGGGCGACCCCAGGCCCCUCCCCCCUCGUCGCUCCUCCCCCACCCCCUCCCCACGCCCCUCCCCCACCUCCCCCCUCGCCCCUCCCCCCACCCCCCUCGUUGGGGCCUCGCCGGAUCGGAAAUAAAUAAAUAAAUAAAUAAAUGAUUAACGA